AUGUCUACAAACAACAUUGCUUUCACUGCGCAGCUCAAUCCCACUGGAGCUACCCCAAUCCUCACUCAAGAACAAGUUUGGACUGGCUUGCUUCUCAAAAUUCGAUCGGCUGAGACCUUUGUGCCCAACGCUAUUCAAUCCACCACUGUCGUCUCCGAGUCAAUUGAUCCCUCGACGGAAAACCCAGUCACAGUUCGGGAUGUCGUGUUUCGCGAAAAUGAACGCCAAGUGAGAGAAGUCGUUACCGCCUACAAGCCCUCUCGAGUGGCCUUUGUUCAGCCGGACGGAAGCACAAUCAACAAUUUGGUUAGCGAAGAUGCGAAUGGAGACUUGUACAUGACGUACACUUUUGAAUGGAGACAUCCUGGCGCCUCUUCUGCGGAACUUGCGGGCUUCUUGGAGAAAGAGAAGAAUAUGAGCAAGAUGGCUGUUAAUGGAACGAUUGCUGUUUUGCGGCAAUUGGCAAAGGAUGGAAAGAUUUGA